ACGAUAUUUUCACAUCAUUUUUACUUACAGCCGGAUUUCUUAUCUUUAGAUAUCCCGGUACAGCCCAUAUCAACCGAACCUCAAAUUGCAAUCGAGGUUGCCGCCUACGGUGGAGCGUGGAUGCCUUGCUGCCUGGCGGAUGCCUACGGCUCCCGCCCACAUUUUCUGCCUCGGGCAUUCAUCCAUAUUUCUAACUGUUGACAGACCAUAAGACCGAGAAUCAGCGACCCCAUACAAAGACAAUUCAGAGCAUGCACUAUCAUUAUUGAGGCCGAUCACGCUAUCACUGCCCAGAGGGUAUUUUCCAAUUCACCACCACGAAGGAUACCGCAACAUGGCAACCCCAACCCUUCCAUUCUGGUUGCUGCCCAGUAUCUAUUCGUCGUCCCGAUUUGGAGAAUCUCUACCUCCCACAUGGCAUGUGGUCUUCACAUGUCCCAUGGAGGACCCUGAACGAGUGGCAAUGAUGACCGAACUCAGCUCCACCGAUGAAGAAUGGCCAGAACGCCCCCAGGCGCAGAUGCGGCGUCUGGUCGAGAUCCCUUGGUUGACAGAUUGGGCGCCACCAACAUCCAUUGUUUUCACGCUUAUCAAAGACGAUCCUUUGAUCAUCAUUGAUGAUCAGUCCCCGGUUGAUCACACGGCUAUCAUUGUCUGGAAGUCGCCUGGGGCAUCUUCCCCCGAAGCUGCGCGCGUACCGAUCGACCGGGCGAACGUGCUUCUAGGCAUCGCUGCUAAGGGGGAACUAUCAUCAAACUACCCUCGCAUUCUGCCGGAGCCGAAACAAGGACCAUUGAUCAAGACAACCAAAGCUAUUCUUCCACCCCAUCUGUCCGGGCUACGCCUCGACCCAACAACCCCAACACUAAUCUCUCUCGUGCAUCUCCCACCAAACACCCAGGAGAAUCUCGAAUCAACCAUCGGCCACCGCAUCAUCAUCCACAACUGGCCACCGCACCAAGAGCCAUGUUCCCGCGCCCAGCUCUACCGAAUGUUCCAGGCGCUGAAGAUCUGCCACCCAGGAAACGACCAAGCCUUCGCCCUCUUCAUAGACGAGGACGCAGACAGCUAUCACAUCGUUCGAGCAACUGGAUCCAGCGUUCCCAACAUCUCGGACCCCGGUGCCAAAAAAGUGGAACUCAGUACCCUGCCCUUUGAACAAGUCCAAAACUUCUGGACCGCAGCGUGGAACCCAGAGAGCCGGACCCCGAGUCGUAUGCCACAGGGCCCAUAUCGGUAUAACCCUGCCAUGUGGGAGCUACAUACCUUUGGGGGGGAACCUAUCGUCGACCCGGACGAUAUUCCCGGCAGUCUCGACACAAGUAUCAUCUUCAUCCUGGAACCCAUGACGCCGACGGAACUCCGCAAGAUCCGCUCCGAGAUGUUCACGCAGUCUGACGAACCUUACAUGUGGGUCGACGUCUCGGAUCGCCUCAUAUCACCCGACAUGCAGGGACUGCUCGCAUACUUCGAAUCCGAAGAAUUCACCCACCACGCUCCGCCAAGCCAAUUCCUUGCCAUUGAUCGCAAAACUCUGUCAGAUGCAAUGGACCCGAUCGAUGAGCGAGAAGACUGGGAGGCUAUUAUCGUCGCUUCUUAUGAGGGUGGGGAUAUCUGGUUUGAGGAUGAGGAGCAUCGUGCCUUUGGGCAUAUUUCUACGGGAUAUGGGUAUGAUCGGAAAGAUUUUGAGGAGGCGGAAAUGGCUUAUAUUAAUUUGAAGAUUGAGAAUAUGAGCUAUGAUGAGCUGUGUCCGGAUGGACGGAUGGUCUAUUGGAGUGCGUAUCGGGCAUGGGCGGAGAAUCAUAUGGGGGGAACGUUUGCGCGGUCGUUUGGUCCGGAGGGGAUGAAGGUUUCUUCAGAUGUUUAA